GCCACAGAGAGCUGCUGGAAAUGGGAGCCCUGAUGUGGGCGACAGCUGGAUUUCCCAGGCCAGAUCGGGCAGUACCAGCUAGGACAAAGUGAUAUUCAUGGGAAACAAACAUCGCUUUGUCUCCUGUUUGCUCUGAUGUGACCCAAAAGGUUCUUCAGUAUUUCUCUGAAAGAAGCAGGAGCGUUGGAAGUAUUGAAGAGAGAAAAUUGCCAGCUUGAAUUUGGGAAGUGCGCAGGGAGCGCUCGAUAACUCUGGAUAAUUAUGCUUUAUUCAAAGAGUGUCCAAGUACUACAGGUGCUCCUACUUAUGGUCGUGCUGUAAAUCUGAACGUUUUGGAUCCUGUUCUCUUGGCAUCCAAAGCUUCCAAAUGAAAUUGUAUUUGCCAGUAGUCAACAUUAAUUUGCAGUUUCCACUUUGAUUAAUUCUUGGGAAUGUACAUAAUGAGAAAGUUUUACAAAAACAGGAAGAGAGGAAAUGGAAAUUUGCACUCUGCAGUGCUUUUCUCAUUUAUGACCUUUACGGCUCAAACUGUAUUGCACAGUGGCGCGUUUUAUCACCUGUUUUCCAUGUCAUUUCAGUGACUAUUGAAACAAAAUAUACGGUUUGGUAGAGAAGAAAUUGUAUGAGCAGCUGAUGCCAAUUAGCAUCUGAGUAAUUGGCACACCUUUGCAAGCAAAGAAGCAGCUACUUAUAGCGGCAGGGAAGGAAUAUUCAUAAAGAAGGCGCUGGAGAGCUGACUCUAUCAUCUGUGACUGCAUUUCAGUUGUGUUACUUAUAGGAGUGAGCCAGCAAAUCACACUUUGUGUCACCAGAGAGGUAUGCUGGGAGGCUCUUCUUCGUUCUCCUGGGGCUGUGCUUACACCUGAAAGAGGAAAGUUCCGUGCGGUGGAAAGAGGUUUUUAUUCUGAAUUCAUUCCACCAUUGUAAAGCUGUGGUUGGAGUUGUGCUGGCGUGCAUUCAGGAUCCUGUCUGUUUUCAUCAAGUUGCAGCGUGCUAAUUUCUCCCAUCUGAAAGCCUGAAAUGGAGGCCCUUCGUUUCGUUGAUUUAGGAUUUGAUCAGUGCAUCCACUUCUCAGUCGGACCAUUCUGCUCAUACAAAAUCUGCCUCUCUUGUAUCAUCAGACUCGGUCUCCACCUCAGCAGACAACUUUUCUCCAGAUUUAAGGGUCCUACGAGAGACUAAUAAAUUGGCAGAAAUGGAAGAGCCACCUUUGCUGCCAGGAGAAACCAUCAAAGACAUGGCUAAAGAUGUUACUUACAUCUGCCCCUUCACUGGAGCCAUCAGAGGAACCCUUACUGUUACCAAUUAUAGACUGUACUUUAAAAGCAUGGAACGGGACCCUCCUUUUGUCCUAGAUGCAUCUUUAGGUGUUAUCAACAGAGUGGAGAAAAUAGGAGGUGCUUCCAGUCGUGGUGAGAAUUCCUAUGGGCUGGAGAUUGUAUGCAAGGACAUUAGAAACUUAAGAUUUGCUCAUAAGCCUGAAGGGAGGACUAGACGAUCCAUAUUUGAGAAUCUAAUGAAAUAUGCUUUCCCAGUUUCAAAUAAUCUUCCACUUUUUGCAUUUGAAUACAAAGAAGUUUUUCCAGAAAAUGGAUGGAAGGUGUAUGACCCUAUUUGGGAGUACAGAAGACAAGGAAUUCCCAAUGAAAGCUGGAGGCUGAGCAAGAUUAACGAGCGCUAUGAGCUGUGUGAUACAUACCCUGCCAUUCUAGCUGUGCCCGUAAACAUUCCUGAUGAAGAAUUAAAGAGAGUGGCAUCUUUCAGAUCAAGAGGACGAAUACCAGUGUUGUCAUGGAUUCACCCAGAAAGUCAAGCAACGAUUACUCGCUGUAGCCAGCCAAUGGUGGGAGUAAGUGGCAAACGAAGCAAGGAAGAUGAGAAGUACCUUCAAGCCAUCAUGGAUUCUAAUGCUCAGUCCCAUAAAAUCUUCAUAUUCGAUGCAAGGCCUAGCGUGAAUGCUGUAGCCAAUAAGGCUAAAGGAGGAGGCUAUGAGAGUGAGGAUGCCUAUCAGAAUGCAGAAUUAGUGUUCCUGGACAUCCACAACAUUCACGUCAUGAGAGAGUCACUGAGAAAACUCAAAGAAAUUGUGUAUCCCAAUAUUGAAGAGACUCACUGGCUGUCUAAUUUAGAAUCAACUCAUUGGCUAGAGCAUAUCAAGCUCAUUCUUGCUGGAGCCCUGCGGAUUGCUGACAAGGUGGAGUCAGGGAAGACGUCUGUGGUUGUGCACUGCAGUGAUGGCUGGGACCGGACAGCCCAGCUCACCUCUCUCUCUUUGCUGAUGUUAGAUGGCUACUACCGAACUAUCAGGGGCUUUGAAGUGCUAGUGGAGAAGGAGUGGCUGAGCUUCGGACACAGAUUUCAGCUGAGAGUUGGCCAUGGAGAUAAGAAUCACGCAGAUGCAGAUCGCUCUCCUGUCUUCCUCCAGUUCAUCGACUGCGUCUGGCAAAUGACAAGACAGUUUCCUACAGCAUUUGAGUUCAACGAGUACUUCCUGAUAACCAUCUUGGACCACCUGUACAGCUGUUUAUUUGGGACGUUCCUGUGCAGCAGUGAGCAGCAGAGAGUAAAGGAGAGCCUUCCAAAAAAGACCGUGUCACUUUGGUCUUACAUUAACAGCCAGCUGGAGGACUUCACUAACCCCUUGUACGUGAGCUACUCCAACCAUGUCCUGUACCCCGUGGCCAGCAUGCGGCACCUGGAGUUGUGGGUUGGCUACUACAUCCGCUGGAACCCCAGGAUGAAGCCGCAGGAGCCUGUCCACAACCGCUACAAGGAGCUCCUUGCCAAGCGGGCCGAGCUGCAGAAGAAAGUGGAGGAACUGCAGAGAGAAAUCACCAACCGCUCCACCUCGUCCUCAGAGAGAGCUGGCUCUCCCGCGCAGUGCGUCACUCCCGUACAGACAGUGGUAUGAUGGGACUGGUUUGCAGAGUACCUUCCCAGGACCACCAGGACUUCUUUCCUGGAACUCUCUGGAUUUCCUUUGCAGUGUCGGGGGGAUGCCAACCUAUUUAUUUAUUUCUCUCCAGGGUAAUUUAUUAGUACUGUAUCACUAACGGAAGCUUAAGCAAAAACAAACAUAGCCCCCUAUGCAAUUAACCUUCUCAGUGGCUGGAUUAUAACACAAGCCAAUUGCACUUGCCACCUAAGAGAAACCUAGAGCUCUUUCCUUGUUCACUUACAUGUUGGAAAUCACCUUGCUAUACAAAAGGGACUGGGUGCUAGACCAAAGUACUAUAUAGGAAAAACGUUGCCUCGGGAGUUUGAGAAGGCUCCCCUUUGCUAAAACAAGUAUAGAAUGUCACUGUGUGAAGUCAUGCAACUGCAGUAUUAACAUAUGCUUAGCAGCGUGAGAAUGUUUGCCAGCAAACCAAGGGAGGUAGCACUAGAAUCCAAAAUGUAUCACCGUUCUCACUUUUACUGGAUUUUGGGAAGCCAUGUAAAAUGAUGCCUUAUAUAAGAAGGGCAUCUUCUACCACUGCCACAUGGUGGUAGAGGAGCAACUUACAUGACUUAACUUUAUAGGACAAUGUUUACUUCCAUCUGUGCAACUUUAGAUUUUUGCUUAUGGUUUACAGUGAGUGUGCCAGGAUGUAAAUUAAGCACCUUUAUUUCUGAAGGAGGGAGCAGAGCAUGGCUCCCCCUGGGCUUCCUGCAGCUCUUCUGUUCUCCAGUGCCUCAUCCACAUCAGGAGAAAGGUAGUGGAAUGCCAAGGGAUGCAUGUAAACUGCUAGGAUCAGUCAUUUCAUUUUGCUUGGGUAAGCAUUACUUGUGAUUUUAAUGCUUCUGUGCAGGACCAUAGCAGUGUAUUUAAGGUAUUUCAGCUUUCUGCUCACUAAUGGAAGCAGCUGUAACAACCAAAGAAGCCUGUCUGCCUGCAUCACAACUGGUACUUAAUAUUCCAGUAGACUGAAAAGCAGAGUGGUUUCUGAGCCUGAGCUUUUAAGUCUUUUUUUUCCCCUCAUAGCAUACUUCAAGAAUUAGGGUCAUCUGACUAAACAUAAAUUCAAUUUUAAUACAAACUUUUAUUGUAGAUUUUAUUGUAGAAGUAGAUAAAUAUUCACUGAAACCAUGACUGCUGCAGUGCUUGUCAAACACAUAAGUAAGAGGCUGUAGGUGGCAGGGCUUCGAGUGAAGUUGUGUAUCUGCAAGGAGCUUUGCUCCAGGCUGCUUCUCAUCUCUGUACUGAGAUCAUGGCUUGGUCUGGGCUCCAGCAUUGUUUUUGUACAAUAGGAGCCAUACCGCGGGCACCUGCUUAAUAUACAUAUCAUGCUUUUUCUCUCAGCCUUUCUCCCAAGACAGAGAAAUACUUCUUUGAGAGGAUGUAAGAGUGGACUAAUUUACCCAAAUUCUUUCAGAAUCCUCCCAUUGGUUCAGAGGGAGGAAUCAUUUCCAGCUGCAAUCUAUUUGUAUGAUUAACAGGCUGUAGCUCAGUGCUGCAUUUGUUACAGGGAGCCUGAAAGUUCAUAUCUCACUAGUGCAAAGAAUCCACUCAAAAUAACUUUUGAAAGACUUAAAUUUGCUUUAAUGUUGAAGGGCAGAUUUACUCUGUUAAGUACAAUCAUUGUUUAAGAUGGGUCAUUGCGUUAUUCUGUAUUAGCAAACUGACCACGUGUGUAUAUUUUGUUUGGUUUUUUUGAAUUAAGGCUGGUUGGUUUAACACUAAUAAAAAAAGAUAAAUGGA